AUGCAUCCUGCGCCUAGCCUUCUCGAAGCACCCCCUUUCCGAGACGACUCACGCCAAACCCAGCAAAGACCAAUGUCGGCCGGAUCCGCAGCCACCGACCAGGGCCGCACGCCUUCAACACCCUCCUCGCCACACAUGCGGCUGGACGCGACGACAUCUACCUCUCCGACUGUCACAACGGUGACGAGUGGAAGCGCUGCCGCGGCCACAGUGGCCGAGUCCACCGGUGACGCGCAGCCAUACAUCGCAGGGGACGAGGUCUCGCCUACAUUUGCCGCACAGGCCAUCUUCUCUGUCAAGGACGGCUCCGACCUCGAAGGCAUUCGGCGGCCCAGUCGCCGACGCACCGGCCCCCUUUCUGCGUCACAAAGAGAAAAGGCGGCCUUGAUCCGCAAGCUUGGUGCCUGCAUCGACUGCCGGCGCCGACGAGUUGCUCUUUCUCUCUUGGGAGGCGGCGGUACGAAAGUGGCAGCUUCCGAAAAGAAGAGGAUGCAGGCUAUAGAUGCUUACGUUAUAUUGAUUUUCCGAAAACAGUGCCACCCGAAUCAUCACAACAUGACCUGGGAAGACGCAGUACGAAAGUACAAAUCGCACAGCCCGACGCAAGAAUACAGUCCCCUGGCUGGCCGACCCAUCAGUCCGGCACGAGGUGGCCGAGUGUCCUUUGGGCAGUCUGACGCGCAGGACAUGGAGAUCGACACCACGCCAACCCCAACGACACCGCACCGAAUGGCCGAACAGCAGCACCAGUCGCCACCACUGUCACAAUUGCCACAGCAGCGAAACGCACAGCACCAGCCACCGCAUUCUCGCACCCUUCUCCAGGCACAAGCAAAGCCGCAUCCCAUCCCAUUACCGCCGCCCAUUUCGCGCCGGCUGUCUGUCGGAACCGAGGCACGCCUACGAACCCCACUGCCUUCGGGUCCGUCAGGUCGCAGUCUCGAGAAGCUCGCUUCGGCCGCUCUGCCGGGUAUCGAGAGCCUCUCGGGUGAUCUCCAAAACGCCGCAGCACGCAUUAUCAACAGCACGAACCCCAGCCGCACACGCUACGAUGCUGUUCAAGUCAUGAUCCUGGUGUGGUCGAACGACACCGAUUAUGAGGUCCGGGACGCUAUUGACGACUUGGCGGAACUGUUCGAAAAGAAGUACAAUUAUUCGGUGGACAUCAAAGCGAUUCCCGUGGGGGCACAGAGCCCGUACCGCUGGCUUUUGCACACGGCGUCACAAUUUAUAAACAACCGCGACUCACGCGAUACGCUCAAAAUUGUCUACUAUGUCGGUCACACUUCCAUGGAAAAAGGUUCGACUCAGACGACGACCAUCCGAUGGAGCGGUAUCCAACAAGUUCUCGAGGACGCAACGUCGGACACGUUGAUGAUUAUGGACGCAGCCUUCUAUCCCUGCUCUAAAAUGGCAAGGCGAGAAGGUGUCUUUGAACUGGUUGCCGCUUCUGCUGGCGAAGACCCAAAGCGGGCGCUCGGACGUGUCGCCUUUACACGUGCACUCAUCGACGAACUCAGCACACGCCUCAAUCAAAAGUUUCGCGGCCCCCUGUCUGCUUUCUCAGCCGCGGAACUCCACGUACGGCUCAUGUCAAACUACCCACGGAUCAUUGAGGACCGAAACCCCGACAAGGAGCGUCUCACGAGCUUCCCUGCGCCGCUCCACAUCCUAAUCACGUCGGAUGCUCGGCUUCCGUCAAUUCUCUUGGCGCCUUCGCGAAAGCCGCUACCAACGAGCCCUGAAGCAACAACACCGGGGACACAGUUGAACCUCACGCUCCGACUCGUCGAUGGCGCGGUCGACAAGCCCGGUUGGAUCGAGUGGAUGCGGCUGUUGCCUGAAGGCGUGCGGGAAGUCAAGUGCGAAAGUCCGUACCGCAACGCGUUUCGAUAA